GGUUACGACGGCAACAGAUAAUACCGCACUAUGUAAGCUUCCACACAUAAUAUUAAUAAUUUUCACAUAAAAAUGAUGACCUUGCUAAUUAAAAUAACUGUUAGAUCGUUUACUUUCCCACCGGAAAAUGUGUUCCACCAGGUUGGGACAACUGAAAUGUUACUAUAAAUCAUAAAGAGGAGAACCCAAUAUUCGGAGAUAUCUCCCAGUUUUGGGGGAGCCGCCAUAGAAAUUGUUGGGGUUUUGGUGCCAUUUCCCCAAAUUUUCCCCAGAACCUUAUUACACUUAAGUGAAAACCGUCUAUGUUUAUUGAUGAAACCUUAAAAUGUCUCGUAAUUCUGGGAAAUUUUCCGAAAUUUCGCGUUUCUCCACAAUGUUUCCCCGAAACUUUGUGGAUUUCUCUGAUAUCCACCCAGAAUCUUAUUACACUUUUGGGAAAUGCUUAUGCAUUUUAUGAUAAGACCCCAAAAUCUCCGGCAAUUUUGGGGAAAUUCUCAAGAUGUAACGUUGUAACGCAAUACCUCUACACAAUUUUCGGUAGAUAUCAUGGAAAAUCCUGGAGAUCUAAUAAUCAAUGCACAAAAGCUUUUGCUCAUGCAUUCCAUCUUUUCAUGUCAAUCUCUCACAGUAAACGCAUUGCCAACGCAUCUAAACUAAAAUUAGAACGAGAACCAAUCUAUCACCGUAAUUAAAAGGAUGAUUCGUCACACAUUUUAAAGUUCAUUAAAGUUGAAUAAAGUACAAAUCAUCCAGUAAUAGAUAACGCGUUUCAAUUCCUUAUAACUGAUCUUUUUUUUCUGAGGAAUACGUUAGGUAGACGUUGAAUUUUUCAUUCACAAUGUUCUACAAAAAGAAAAGAAGUAUGUCUUUGGUAAAUAGACAACUGUUGUGGCAAUAAUCCAACCUACGGGUUCCGAAUGUCAUGUAAAAGGUUGAUGGCGUACCAACAGCAUAACAAUAUUGUAUUCUGAAUAAAAAACUUACAGUUUUGUCCGUUAACCCUUGCGAAGCCAGCUGAAAAUAAUAUGGACACUGAAUAAUUAUUUCAGUAUAAAUGUUUAUCAGAAACUAAUACACAAACAGGAACCGGUAUUUAAUCGCGGAUCUAAAGUGCAUUUAUCUCAGUAACGUCUCGAAACAUGUUUGGUCCCGCUUAUUUGGUAACUCGGUCAUGAACAGUUUGGAAACGUGGAUAUAAGUUUCAUACAACCUAUGAAGAGAUUAAGAGAUCGUAGUAAACGUAAAUUCAGUCGGGAUUCUAAAAUAUUUCAGAAAUAUUUGGAGGUUUAACCUUCCGGAGUUCCAGCAUUUUUCUUUAAACGGUUUAGAUUCACACUCUUUUAAAACAACAGGUAAAGCCGUAUUGUAUAUGCUCAGCUGAUUCAUUGAUAGUGUGUUCAGCACAAAAGAAAGAAGCUUUGGUAUUUUUUGAUGAGGUUAUAUAAAUAAGAGUAUUCAUUAACAAAGUUGUUAUCAAAAAGUAACAUGUAAAGUGAAGGCAAAUAUUCAUUUAGAUAUUAGUUUUAAUUUUAAAUUUUAAAUAUGUUUUGUCAGUUCUAAACCAACCAUAUGGUUCCUUCUUUAUGACUUAGCAUACCUGUAAACUCCAGGUAUUAGUUCAGUUUAUACCGCAAGUUCAUAAUUAAUAGCUUAAAUGAAUCAAAAUUUAGGCUGGGAUCUUUAUGAACUAUCAUAAGUCAGUGUUACACCGUCACAAUGCAAUGUAUGUCUCCAGAAACUCAAACGUUCUUCACUUAAAAAUUCCUCACUCGAUUGUAACACAAAACAAUGAGACGACAUUACUAGGCUGCCAUUUACUGAUUAUCCUUUCCGGCAUUUAAAGAUAUCACAAUUUCUUUUAUUUAUCGCACAAAGUCUUAGCUCUAAAAAUAUGAUACACAUCUGUAAAAUCAAACCAGCCCUUUGAUGGAUUCUUUGGUGACCAUGAUAUAAAUCUUAAAACAAGUUCUCAGUUCGUUUAAUUUGAUAUUAAGGAACUAGCAAAGUGGAAUAACAGUGUAGAAUUUGUUCCUAAAAUAAUGUAAACUUAGAAACAACUCAUAUUUGAGCGAAGAAAAUAGGUAGUUUUACUGCCCUGGUACGGUCGGGAGUAAGGAGUGUCGGCUCUCUCUCUAAACGCUCUCACGUGUCCAUGUACAUCCAACCACUGCCAGGGAAGUCCUACUCACUGCCCUCUCGCGGCAAAGCUGUUGUUUACGAAAUUGGGAGGACGAAAAGCGAAUUUCUAGUGCUUCAACCGGGUUAGUGGACACGGAGAGUCCAUCUAGGGGAGUUGGAAAACCGUAAUUCCAAACUGAUGGUGCACAUGGGCUCCAGGAUCCUGAAGAAACAAAUGGCGUACGAGCCAGCCAAGGGACUGCAUCUCCUGACGUUGCUCCACUGCCAGGUGGAUUUUACCUUUGGACCAUAGGCUGUGGAUGUGACUCCCUAAGAAAGCCACCUACUUCUGUUUGGUCACCGGGGUAGUAUCCUGGCCCUCACACAAGUCGAAUGAUUUGUGUGGCGCAUAUCUAUCCGUUGCCUCCUUGUGCCUAUGUUUAUGUGUUUGAAUGAAAUAAUAAAAUACAAACAAAAAUAUGUAUCAUAAUAACGAUUUGUGACCUUGAAAUGAGAUAAAAAACAUUAAUAAUCCCAAUAAGUCUGGAGCUUCGAAAAGACAAAAAACUCAAAUUUUGAUGUACGUAGUACGGAAUUGUUUUGUACGGUCGUGGUAGAUUUGAAUGCAACAUAAAACCUUUGAUUUUGCAGUAGAUGUAUUGGUUAUUCACCUCAAGAUGGCUAGUUUUUUGUUUAAUUAUUUGAUUUAUUCAAUUCACAAUGAAAUUCUUAAUUUUCAACGCUAUUUACUGGUUAUAUGCAGGUAAGUUGCAAAUAAAAGCUGUUAAAUUUAUCGUAAUAAUUGCAUCAACUUAAAAAGACUCCGAAAAUUUACUGAGAAAAUAUUUUUAAAGAAGGCUAUGAUUGUGAAUUUAUAUCGCUCAUACAAUUACUGUGAUUUUAUUUUUGCUUUGUUUUUGUCAGACAAAGCCAUUCCUUUCAGAACGUAAAAUGUAAAAAUGUUUGAAUGGCAUAUUAUUAGUCAUGUAUUAUGUCAGCACUUUAUUUAAAAAUAAUUUUAACAAAUAUUUCUUUUUUGAGAUACAUUUUAAAGGUCCACUUUCAUUUUCCAAUCAAAAUUUUGGCUGACCAAACAUCGGAAUCCAGUUAUCAUCUUUCUCAAAAGUUUUUAGAUUCAUUAUUUACACAUACAGUUAGUUAAGCAACAUAGUGUACGGAUAACUACACAUAUGAAAUGACGAAAUAUGAUGACGAAGAAUUUUUAAAAGGGAGUUUUUAUAUGCUCUUUCAAAAUGAUUUGAAGGCAAGUGAAGAGGAAAAACACAGAAUGUUCCAUCUACUUAGACAGACACCAAUCGAUGUAUUAUCUAUGGAAUGGCUGAUAUCAGAACCACAUACAAUCGAAGCAAGAACUUAUCUAAUUGAUAACAUUUUGCCUCAAGUUGUUUUGGGUUUGGAAUUUAUCUUAAAAGAAGCAACUCGAAGAAAUCUGAUCACACGCGACCUACUGGAUGAAACAAGUUAUCGAGCAGGAUUAGACAGAAACUUCAAUCCUGUUAACCGAUUAGCUGAAUACUUAAUGCGUAAUAACCAUAAGCAUAAUCAUUUUAGCGAAUCUUUACCUUAUGUCAGAGGGUUAAGAUAUACACUGACCAUGUUGCAACAAGAAAUGUUUAUACAGUCAGGAAACCAGCUGGCUAAAGUGAAGCUAAGUGCUGAUGCCAGACGAACAGAGGAGAAACAAAAAGAAUUGAAAUUCAAGAAAGAGUAUGACGGACAAAUCGCUAUAAUUUCCUCGAUCUGUGACAGUUUGAUACCACCUAAAGAAAAUUCAACAAAUGCAAAUAUGAUAGAAGAUGUGGUACUUACAUUCAUGGAACUAACUAGUAUACUACCGGAAGAAAUGAAACAAUGCUUAGUGCAAACUUUUAAAACUCAACUAAAUAAAGACUACCAGACAUUUUAUGACAAAGAACAAUUUGUUAAGUGUCUCAUGAUAUAUGCUAGAUUGAUGUCAACUGAUGUUUUCGAACAGUUUACGGAACAUCUAAAACUUUGUACGGUAGAAUUUCGUAAAGCAGAGAAAAGAGAAGAACGACGGAAAUUAUUGAAAAGUUGCUUCCGUACGUGUGAUUUAGACCAGUUGGAUGAAUUAUCUCGUGCACAAGUUUUUCAACGGUGUGAAGAUUACUUUGAUACAUGUCAACAAAUUAUCAAAGACAAGAUCCAUGAUCCAAGAGAUUGGUCUACAAAAGAAUAUCAUUUGAAGUUAUCUGUAACAGAACCUGUUACAACUAUGGACACAAAUGAACGUCCAUCUUCAUCUAAAGAUGAUGAUGAUAACAACAUAAAGGACAAAGAACAUUCUCUACUAAUCUACAAUGGAAAUAACUCAGACAAUGACAUCCAACAUGAUGAUAGUAGCUCAUUACAACUAGGUACUCGGCAGCUGGACGAAAUUACUAUCAUUCCCACUCAGUCUAAUAUUAAAGAUCAAUUGAUAAAGACUUGUCAACUGGCCGAUACAUCUGGCAUAACACAAAAUCAGUUUAUCAGUGUUAUGGAGUUCAUAAUACCAGAAACUGCUCCUUUGAAAAUUUUUAAUAAUUUUUUAACAUAUUUGAAAAGAUAUGAAGCUUCAGCUGAAGAACGUGAGGAAAGAAAACUUCAGCAUUUCCAGAAGACUUUAAUAAUGAAAAAACAUCAACUACUGAACAAAAUAUUCCACACAUUAGAUCAAGAAUGUUCUGGAAUGUUAAACCUUAAGAAAAUUGAAUAUUUUAUAUUAAAUUAUGAAGAUGGAUUUUAUAAGGCUCAUUUGAAACAAGCUAAGUCAGAUUUAGCUUCUAACAUUCAAUCGACUGCAAGGUCUUGUUCAAUGUCUAAUGAUCAGGUAACUUCAAGUUCUACAUUUACCAGCAGUUUAAUAUCAUCAUCCGAGACUUUAGUGGUCCAAAAGCCAGUUGAAAUAAAUAUCACUGACUUCAAAAUUCUAUUAGAUCACAUAUUUUGGCCUAAAAAUAAUCAAUAUCUGAUUGGUCAUGAUGAGUUUGACUUCAGUUGUUUGGAAAAGUUUCUUAAUUACUUAAAAGAAAAAUUAAUACAAACUAUAUCUGAGAAAAUAAGAACACGAAUUCGACGGGAAUGGAUAGAGAAAAUUUUAUCAGUUUCACUGAAUACCUUUGAUAAUUCAAUGGAAUUAGUUUAUAAAACCGUUUUCCAGACACUCAUAAAAGAUACAAUAAAACAUGGUGCACAAAAGCAGACCAGUGUUAACAUUGCAUUACUUUAUCCAACAGAAACAACAAAUGAUGCAUUGCCUUUCGAUACAAAUAUACAAUCCCGUUUACAAUAUGUAGCAGCCAUACCAGAAUCGGAAGCUGAAAUUCUGCUUGAUCAGUGUCCACAGGGAGAUGAAUCCGAUUUAUUGUUCAAGUGUUUAAGAACUGGUUUAACAUUGGUUCAUUCUGAAAUGUCAAGAUUGAAAAGAUUUUCACUUACCGAAAAUAAGUCACAUAACAUGUCAGUAUGUACUGAAACGAACACGAAACAAAGUUAUCAGUCACCUUCAUUCGCUCUUGCCAUACCAAUACCUUCUGCUAAGAAAUACUUUAUCGGAGUAAUGAAAGUAGACAAAUUGAAAAAUAACGACCAGCUACCAAAGUUUGAAGAACAUGAAAUUCAGUUUUAUCGCGGUGUAGCUUAUCAUCUGGGCUUUGCUUUCUCGCUUGUAAAUAGUCGAUACUUACUCAGUUCCAUGAUACAUGAUGCAUUCGACUGGAUUUAUAAACGGCUAGGCAAUAUUGAUGAAAUUGCAUUUUACCACCGAUGUAAUGAUGAUGAUGGUGAUGUAAACCAUUCGACGACAAUAGAUUCGACAGAGAAGAAAACAUAUCCACCUAGCAAAGAGGUUAAUUAUAAAUUACGCAAACUUGUAUCAAAACAUGGUAUUCACCAAACAACAGUUCAUACUGACCUAUAUGUUAUCGAUAAAAAGAAAAACCAACUAUACUACUACCUGUUCGACGUACUAGAAUCUGGAUAUUCAUUAGUUAAUUGCGUACUUGGUCGAAAACAUUAUACAUUUCCAUUUACUGAUUGCAAUAAUAAAGUGAUCGGUGUUAUUGAUGUGUGUUGUUUAAACUUCCUUAAUAAACAUGAAUUAGAUUAUUUACAUAAAAGUUUAAUACAUUUUCAAGAAGGUUAUGAACAGUUAGUGAACUAUACAGGAGUAGAUACAUAUGGUCAGUAUAAUAAUGCAGACGAAUACAAUACUAUAUCAAAAAACCAAGAAGAAACUGAAAUUAAUUCACAAAUUGAAGAAGUUAAAUCUGACUGGAUAGAUGAAAAUAACAAAUUUAUACCUAAAAUUAUUGUGAAAAAAUUAGCAAAAAUGGAACUGAGUCUUCUAAGUUUAAAGAUUGAUAAAGAUCUCUUCAGAAAUAUAAAAAGAUAUGAAAUACAACUUUGUAAUUCUGAAAUUUAUCUGCUCUGGACCGUCAUCUUGUUAUUGAAUCGCUCUCAAGGAGAUGAAUCCUUGAAUCAGGAAAAUAUUUUCAAACUUUCAGAUUCAAUGAUGGCUGGUAUUCAUGAAUCGAUUGUAGAUUAUGAUCCAUUCGUUGGUGAACAACAGCUAAUUACUUCACAAAAAUCGCGGUUAAAUGAAAUCUAUGAAAAAAUUUCAAGUGAACAAUUAAAACAGUACUCAUGUAAAUCAAUGAUCAAUUUGUACGAAUGGCUGACAUUGUGCAUGAUUGUCUGGGAAGAAAAUCUUCCUAUGCAUUACGGAUAG